AGCAAUACCAAGCACAUGGCAGCCACAACUCGAGCGACCACACCGCCCGCCGAACCCUUUCCACCCCUCGACGCCCACCCUCAUACACCCACCUCUCUCGCGGGCGCGUCAAACAUAGCAAGCGGCCAUUUGAGCGCCGAAAACCCAAACCUAUUGCGACCUCAUUCGCAGAAGUCGUCGGCGUCUGGUACAGGUUUUCUUUCGCGGUCCGACAAGGCUGGCCUCUCGCCUCGCUCUACGCCUAUCGCCCUCACUGGCCAGGCUGCCAUGGCAGAUCUGAAAAGACGCCGGCAACAACGAUCCUCGCCAGAUUCGAGGCAGACUAGCCCCAACCCAGCGGUAGAAGCCAUGCAUUCACUGAUGGGCGGAGCCGGUGUCAGCACGCCAGCAGAUGCGCCGGCGCCGAACAAGCUAUCCGAGCCGCUUCGGAAAGCAGCCGAGAAGAUCCACAUACCACAGAUUACGCAGGACGAUUCGUUACAAGUCAGUCCAGUCAGCAUGGGCAGCCUGGGCAGCUUUGGCACGGCUGGCACGAUUGACACAAGCGGCUCCACGUCUGCCAUGACGGCAACUGCGAACAACGGGUCUUCAAGUGUGCAGUACGUGGACGAGCCAGCGCAAAUGUCCGAAGGUGGGAGCUACCUUAGCAACGGCCACCUCGCAGUAGCAGGUGACGACGGCAACAAAGCGUUCUCGUACCCCGGCCCGCCACCACAGCCGUCAGACAACCACGAAGCUGGUCCCUCGCGAGGUAUGAGCUAUCCGGGCAUCCAAGGAAGUCCGAAAUCACCUUCAUCCAACAAACGGCACAAGUGCCCUUAUUGCUCGACCGACUUUACACGACAUCACAACCUGAAGAGCCAUCUGCUAACGCACAGCCAAGAGAAGCCAUAUGUCUGCCAAACCUGCCAGUCGCGCUUCCGCAGACUGCAUGAUCUGAAACGUCACACCAAAUUACAUACAGGCGAGCGGCCACAUACCUGCGACAAAUGUGGGAGAAGGUUUGCACGUGGCGACGCCUUGGCUCGACACAACAAAGGACCAGGCGGCUGCGCAGGGCGGAGAUCUAGUUUCGGCGGCGACGACGACUUUGACGGCGCAAACGAAGGCAUGGAUGGAGUGGAGUACACUGGCGACGACGACGACGAGGAUGGCGAUGACGCAGCGCAUGGCAGGCGCGUGAGCGAGCCUAGCCGAAAGCGGACGCAGCUGGAAACGCCACAGGACUCGAACAGACAAGUUUACCGACAACACUCCAGCACAUAUCCACCACCGCAAAUGCAAAACCGGCCUCAUGGCUCGAGUGUGAGCAGUAUGGGCCCGCCGCAGGUCAUACAUCCCGGUUCGAGCACGGCGACAUCGCCACGCGAGAUGUCAGGCCACCCCAGUCCUGCAGCAGGUUCCAUGGGCGCCUCUUCCUCGUACUAUCCACCGUACCCAGCGACCUCUCAAGGCAUGCCCUUCGCGCAGCCAGUCAUGAUGACCGAAUCACCAAAACCUCUCUCACCGGGCCAACCACCAGACCAGCACCGCUUAAGCGUAGACGCAGCAAUGGGCGCGCAGAACCGCAAUAGGAGUCCGAGUCUGACCACGCAAUUCCAGCAGCAGCAUUUUGGACGAGGUAGCGGUCGAGCCACUCCUCCUCAGCCUCUUGCACCGCCUCCGAUUCAGCAUUCUUUACCCGGACCUGUACUGCCACCUCUCCCCACCGGUCAGCCACAAGCACGGUCCUCGGCCGCUUUACCUGGUCCGAGCUCUCUCCAUCAUCAGCAGCUCCCGCCUCACAAUGUGGGUGUGGCUCAUGGGGGAGGUCAAGGGUCGAAUCCUGGGAGCUUGUCUAGUCAUGGGCGGUCGUCGGGAAGCAGUACUCGGGACAUCAUGGGCCACGAUGGCGAUAUCUGGGCUUAUGUGAGGGGAUUAGAGCAAAGGAUGGGGAAGAUGCAGGAGGAGUACGAGUUGCGGAUUCGGAACCUGCAGGAUGAGGUUGUGGCGUUGAAGGGCCAGGUGUCGGCCAGCCAGGCGGCGAGUUAUAGCAGCGACAUGCAGCGUGGUUAUUGA